ACCUUCGAUGGAUAUGCUAGAUGGAUUAGUUUCUUGUAAUUCAAACAGUGCAAUUAGGGAGAUGAAUGAUAUAAUUUCAUAUGUUGGCAAUGUGGAGUUGUAUGUAGACCAUGACAUCAAUAUACCUGAGAUUGUUGAGGGUCCACUAUUGCUCACAGGGGAUGUUUCCAAAGAUGAGGGUAACAAUAGUGGUAGUGAUGUUUUUGUGCAUGGGGAUGAGGGUAAUUUAGGAAGUGAAAAAAGUAGUGAUGUCGAUAAUGGUAGUGAUGAUGUGUCAGUUAUUGACUGGGAGACAAGUUCAGAUGAUAGUGCAUGGUCAUUGGGGAGUGACAAAACUGAUGAUGAGCAAGUCAGUAUUGCUGAGUUGGCUCAGGAGGUUAGGAAGAGAAGGAGAAAUGCCAUAAGAAGUAGUAGAAAGAAGUCUAAGGCAGCAAUGCAUGGUACAACUAGGAAUGAGCAAGAAGAUGAUCAUGUUGAAGAACCUGUAGUCACUCAAGAGCAACCAUCUGUCCAGCAACAAGCUACUGUCCAAGAAGCUACUGUGACAGAUGCUGCUAGUAUAGAAGAAACUGCAAGGGAAAUAUGCAGUAAAGGUAGAAAAAAGAAAUCUGUUUCUCAGCAUAAAGUUAGACAAGGUGAUGGGAAUAGGGUGAGAAAAGGUGAUCCAAUUGACAGCACGCAGCGACUGCCUGUCAGUGAUCACAGUGGUUCCUUUACAGAUGAAGAAGAUAGGGAGUCUGAUUAUGCAAACAGUGAUGAUCCUGGUGCUUGGAAAUUUCAUUGGAAUUUAGAUGAUGAGGAUGACAUCUUUGUGCAACCAGAUCAUGUUGUUAGCAGAAAUACAUACUAUAGGGAGCAUAGAUGCUUCAAAUCUUAUGACAAUGAGCUUGUAACUUACACGGUUGUAGCAGAUCUUUUUAAAGGAAGGAUUUAUGAAGCACCAUUUACAAAGCCAGCCGAGAUUGUUAAGUGGUGCAAGACUGAAAUUAAAGUGAACAUCACACUUGACAAGGCAAAAAAGGCAAAAAAGCAUGUUAUGACACAACUGGAGGGUAGCUAUGUUGGUAAAUACAAAUACUUGAAGAGCUAUGCCAAAAUAUUGAGGGAUAGCCAUCCAGAGAAUACUGCUGUUGUCACUACCAUUGAAACAAGUUCUAGUGAUACUAUAACUUUCCAUAAAAUGUAUGUUUGUCUGCAUUCCCUAAAGCAAGGUUGGAAGGAUGGGUGCAGAAGGUUCUUUGGUGUUGAUGGCUGUUUCUUGAAGGGAAUAUUGGAGUCUGAAUGUCUUGAGUCAUGGCAGCGGUUCUUUGAACUACUAAAAACUGAUUUAGAUCAUGGCAAUGGUGCGGGCAUAACAGUUAUGUCAGAUGAACAUCAGGCUAUAUUAUCCACUGUAGAGUUAAUAUUACCGAAGGUUGAGCAUAGGCACUGUGCAAGACAUAUUUAUUGCAAUUGGGCAAAGUUGGGUCAUAGAGGUGAUGAGAUGAAGAUCUGCUUCUGGAAUUGUGCAAAGGUAACAUUUCAGGAUGAUUUCACUGAUAAGUUAGGGGCAAGGUGUAAGGCGAUAAUUGCAAUGAAUGAUGAUAUUAGGGAUCAGCUGAUGGUUAGGAUAGCUGAUAAAAGGUUGUUUGCAAAAAAAUGGCCUGAAGGUGAUGACAUUGCUCCUAGAAUCAGAAAAAAGCUUGAGGAACUGAAGGCAAAGUCACAAGGAUGUAGUGUGCAGCCAAAUGGGGUUAAUGAGUUUGAGGUCAAUGAUAGUGGGGAUCAGCAUGUUGUCAAAUUUAAUGACAAAACUUGCACAUGUAGAUAUUGGCAACUCUCAGGGUUUCCUUGCCCUCAUGCUUUGGCUUGCAUAAGGUACAAAAGGUGGAGAGUAGAGCACUACAUUUCAGAUAUUUAUAAGAAAGAAAAAUAUUUGGCUGCCUAUGCAUACCCUCUUCAAUGCAUAAGGAAAGGGACAAAAGCAUGGAAGGCUGUGGGUGAAGAAGAGUUGUUACCACCACCUGUUAAGAGCAUGCUAAGGAGGCCGAGGAGAAAGAGAAGAAGACAUAAAGGUGAACCACAAAAGAUCAAGAAAGGGAAGCUUAGGAAGCUUACUGGAAAAGGGAGAAAAAUGACAUGCAAGGUAUGUGGCAAUAAAGGGCACAAUCGGAGAACAUGCCCAUAUAACAAUGAAGAAGGUAGAAAUGAGAGUGCAAGUGCAAGAGUGAAAAUCAGUGGUGUAAACAAGAGAAAGAAACAGGAAGGUGAAGGUGCCUCAACCUCAAGUAGCAAGAAAAAGAAGGCAAGGGUCCCUAUAGCCACAGGGAGCUUUAUUGGCUUUGGUUUAUUCAAAUUGUGACCAAAUAGGUUAAACCAAUGUCAUGUCCUUAUCUAUAUAGCUUGUAUCAGUGAAUGACCAAAAACAACAGUAUAUAUGGUCAUAUGGAUUCACCAUUUUGAAUAUUUUGCAACAGUAAAUUGCAAAAACAACACUUAAUGUAUGGCCGAAUAAGGGAUUUGGUUUUGUAUAUUUUCUUUCAAUGAAUGGCAAAAAAUGGA